CCACCACCAGAACAACCAAAACCACCGCAAGAACUUCGAAGACCAUCGAAUGCGGCCUUGAAUAACCCUCCUAAUCAAUUACCGCCUCCAGCCACUAUUGCGGCCGGUAACGAACAACAUAUUAAUAAUGGUCCUCCAAAUAUGCCACAGGGAGUGCCAAAUCGUUCAACGACAAGCAGUGUGUAUAGACCCUUGAAUGUGAAAGAUGCAUUAUCGUACUUGGACCAAGUUAAGAUUCAGUUCUAUAACCAAGCCGAUGUAUACAAUAACUUCUUGGAUAUCAUGAAAGACUUCAAAUCCCAAAGCAUCGACACCCCUGGUGUCAUCGAUAGGGUCUCUACCUUGUUUAGAGGACAUCCAAAUUUGAUUCAAGGCUUUAAUACGUUUUUGCCCCCGGGAUAUCGUAUUGAAUGUUCCCUAGACCCUUCCGAUCCAAAUCCAAUAAGGGUCACAACUCCAACAGGAACAACCACAAGACCAAAUAUUGGAUAUAACCAGAAUUGGGGCAAUGAUUCUAACCAGGAACAACCUGGUCAAAUGCAACAUGCGAAUCAGCCACCUAUUCCUGGAUCGUCCCCAGGGCGUUUCAUUCUAUCACACGAGCAACAACAACAGCAACAACAACAGAAUGGUGGACAGAUUGAAUUUAAUCAUGCCAUUUCUUACGUCAACAAAAUCAAAACUAGGUUUGCAAAUCAGCCGGAUAUUUACAAACAAUUCUUAGAGAUUUUACAAACGUACCAACGCGAGCAGAAACCAAUUGGUGAGGUAUACGAACAAGUAACGGUUCUAUUUUCGAAUUCCCCAGAUUUAUUGGAUGACUUCAAGCAAUUCUUACCUGACACUAGUAAUCAAGGGUAUUUGCAACAGCAACAGGUCCAAGAGAACUUGUUCUAUGGUGCAAACAAUGGUACCUCGCAGCUACCACCAGUUGGUAACUUUCAACCACCCACGGGAUCAACUGGUUUAAGCCCGAAUGGAUCCCAAGGACAAUUUCAGCAUGGUUAUCCAAUGAUUUCUGGUGUGCCUGGAAAGCAAGAUGUUGCUUCAAUUCUUGAAGCGAAUGAAGAUCCAAAUAUGAUGAGAAGAAAGAAGGGGUCUGUAUCGGAGGCUUAUCCUUAUGAUUACAACUAUAAUUCUGAAUCUCAAUAUUCCAGUUUACGUACAGGUGCACAGCCUUCUAAAAGUAAUAGAAUUGGGUCCACUAUAAAUAAAUCUGGAGCUGUUGUUACAAAUCCGACAUUGGUUCCCGGUAUACCGGAACCUGUGCCACCUUCUACAGCUGCUAAAUCCUCAAUGCUGGAAGAGAUAAGUUUCUUCGAUAAAGUUAAGAAAGCAAUUGGAAACAAGCAAACUUACAAUGAAUUUUUAAAGAUUUUGAAUUUAUUUUCUCAAGACAUUAUUGACAAAGAAACAUUGGUUGAAAGGGUAGAUUCAUUCAUAGGUGAUAAUCACCCUGACUUGCUUAAUUGGUUUAAAAUGUUUGUGGGUUAUGAAGUCAAGCCACAAAAUAUUGAAUCAAUUACAUUCAAAAAGCAUCAACUAGAAUUGUCAUUGUGUAGAGCUUAUGGACCUUCUUACAGACAAUUGCCUAAAGCAGAAACAUACAUGCCAUGUUCUGGAAGGGACGAAAUGUGCUGGGAGGUAUUGAAUGAUGAAUGGGUCGGUCAUCCAACAUGGGCAUCGGAAGACUCUGGAUUUAUUGCUCAUCGUAAGAAUCAAUAUGAAGAAAUUCUUUUCAAAAUUGAGGAAGAAAGACACGAGUUUGAUUUUAUCAUGGAAUCCAACUUGAGAACAAUCCAGACAUUAGAAACAAUUGCCAAUAGGAUCGCUAAUAUGACUCCUGAACAGAAAGCUAGCUUUAAGUUACCUCCUGGUCUUGGCCAUACAUCAAUGACAAUUUAUAAGAAAGUCCUUAGAAAAAUUUAUGACAAGGACCGUGGGUUCGAAGUCAUUGAUGCCCUUCAUGAAAACCCAGCAAUUGCUGUUCCUAUUGUUUUAAAGAGAUUAAAGCAAAAAGAUGAAGAAUGGAAAAGAUCUCAACGAGAAUGGAAUAAGGUAUGGAGAGAGAUGGAGCAAAAGGUAUUCUAUAAGUCUUUAGACCAUUUGGGUUUGACUUUUAAACAGGCUGAUAAAAAGCUAUUAACUACUAGACAGUUGGUUAGUGAAAUAAGUACUGUCAAGGUCGAGCAACAGAACAAAAGAUUACAUCCUUUAACUCCAAAGCCACAAGAACAACUAAAUUAUAAGUUUGAAGAUUAUGAAAUUUUGAUAGACAUUCUUAAAUUAGCUGAUGUUUUUAUAAAUCGUUCUUCAAACUAUUCCGCCAAUGAUAGGGAAAAAUUGAGUCAAUUCUUUCAAUUUUUCUUGUCUCGCUUCUUUAAUAUAUCAACUGAACAGAUUAAGGAAUCUUUGUCUGAAAGAGAAAAAGUCAACAAACCUGAAGAGAAGAAUGCAGAUGAUUCGAUCGGCGACUCUUCUGAAACCCAAGUCGACAGCACGACUGCGAAGAAGCGUCACCGUGAAAACGAUUUGUUACGUGACGUCUUGAAAAAGCAGUCAAAAUCAAGAAAAGAUGAUCGCGCUGAAUCUCCUUCCCAAGUCUCAAGCGAAUCUGAAGAUCAAGAAAAUGCAGAAGACGUUAAUAAAUUGAGCGAAUUAUGGAUUAAGGCCACUUCUUCCCAACCUGACUUAGGAAAUAACACUAAUAAUAACGACGAAAAGCGUGACAAAUAUAAUUUGUUUUGUAACACGAUCAUCUACGUGUUUUUCCGUCAUUUAAGAACAUUAUAUGAAAGAUUGAAGGAAAUCAAAGCUAUGAAUGCAACUGUUGGUAAGGAGAUUAGGAGUAGGAAAUCUCCUCAAUUUGCGAAAGAUUUAAACUUGCUUUCUCAUCAACUUGAAGAUAUGGGAAUUCAAAUUUCGGGAUCGAAAGACUGUUAUGCGCAAGUAUUAAACUUAUCAGAAAAAUUAAUUGAGGAUGAUAUAGAACAUCAAUGGUUUGAAGAAACACUUCGUCAAGGUUAUAGAAAUAAGGCCUAUAAAAUUUAUACCAUAGAUAAGGUUGUGCAAGCUAUGGUUAAGCAUAUGCAUACAAUCGUAACAGAUAGCAAGACUUCUGAAAUAAUGGUUUUAUUUGAAUCUGAUAGAGGAAAUCCAAUUUCAACCGCGAAGGAUCAAAUAUUGUAUCGUAUGCAAGUGAGAUCUCUCAUGACUACAGAAGAAAACAUGUUCAAGAUUACAUUUAAGGAAGGUGAUAAUUCAGUUAAUAUUCAAUUUGUUAGUCUUGACGACCUAACAAUUAAUGAUCAUGAAAACGCAGAAGAGAAGUAUAAUUAUUACGUUACUAGUUAUGUUAUGUCACACCCAACUGAAGGUGUAUCUGCUUCAAAAAUUAAUAUGCCUUUUUCGAAAUCAUUCAUAGAAAGUGUCGAUGAAGAUCAAUGUGAUGGUCGUGUUAACACUGGGUUGAAGGUAUCAGUUUGUGAAAAUUCGUAUCGCUUAUUCUUUGAAGCUGACACGCAUGAUGAGUUUACUUCUAAUUUUGUUUAUAACAAACGAUCAGAAGACUCUAAGAGUAAGACAGAUAAGGUCGAAGCAUUGAAGAACUUGAUAAAUGACGAAGAAACUGGAUGGAAACUGAUGUUAUCGGAUGAUAAUACUGAUACCUGCGAAGAAAAAGUCAAACUUUUAUUCGAGAAGGGUGCAAAAGCUUAUAAAGAAUUUGUUAAAGAAAACGAAGAGAAAAAGGAGGCUAGAGAAGAGGGGGAACAAGAAGUGGUUGAACCUGAAAAUGAAGGAGAGAAACAAAAUGAAAAUGCUGAAAAUUCCUCAAAUAAGGAAGAAACAGAAAAUUCGGCUCCAAGUAAAUUACUUGCCGCACCAACUAUCAGUAGUAAGGCUGGUCACGACAAUGAUGCUGAUACUACAGUUAUUCAAGAAAACAAUGACACCACAAUCCAACAGGAUGGUAAUGAUACCACGGCAGAUGAAACAACUGUUAAUCAGGAUGAUGCAUCAAUGUUGGCAGAGGGUCAACAAUCUGAACAAACUUCCACGAGUGGGAAUGAUAGAAAGGAUUAG